AUGGAUACCACCGCCAGCUACCACGUGUUGCUGGUGUUGCUCUCCGUUGAGACUUUUCUCUUCUUUGCAGUUAUUGCACAGACAGCAGUGCAGGAGCCGCUCGCACACGGGAAAAUCGCCCGCUUUUUUGGCCUUGCUUUUCUGUCAGAGUCGGUUGCGGGCCUCGCACUUGCAGUUACGCCACUGCUGCGCGGAAGCGUGUUCCUGCUGGACCUUUUUGCGCUGAUCGCUGUUGUGGCGAUAUGGGCGGGCGCCGCUGUUGCAAUCAUUGGUGCGGCACACGUUGUUUUUCCAGAGGAUGCGAGACGGGAAGUUCGGGUAGCUCUGGUCGUGCUGUUUGCGUUUGUGUUCGCGUUCGGAACCGCGCGUCUCUAUGUCGCAGUAAGUGCCGCGACACCGGCUUUGCCCCUCUGGUCCACAGACUCGCUGCGGGUGUCUGUUGCGGUUAGCCAGGGCGCUAUGGCCAGCGUGGGUGCUGCUUGUGUCCUGCGAGCGCUGGCUCGACCGAAAAUACGGGGCCGGAACGGGGCUUCAGUUUUGCUCCUGGGAACCUUGGUUUGCCUUGUAGGUUCAGUGAUUUGGACAUGGCUGUUAGGCAAAUGCGAGUUGUCGCAGACGUUGGACAAGGAAGAUGUACGGUGUCCGCUUCCACCGGUGUUCGAUCACAACGCUCUUUACUGUCUGUUUCUUAUUGCAGGCAAUAUUCUGAGUGCAGAAGGCGUCCUGCGUCUUAUGGCUGUCGGGGACGGCGCGUUGAACUAUGCAGAGAUUCCCUGA